AUGGGUAGAGGGAAGAAGAAAGAAGAUACGAGUAAGAGUGACCCUGAAAAGCCAGACUCCAGCCUUGACGAGUCUGCAGGGGCCACUGCCAGCACCCCACCUCCCACUGAUGUUGCCACAUUGCUACAGUGGAUAAUUCAGAGGGAUGACAAGAGGGAAGACGCCCGCCGGAAAGAAGAGGAUGCACGCAGGAACGAGGAGUCUGCUCGUUUUCAGGAGCUGAUCCUUCGCCUCACUCCCCAGCAGCCCGCAGCUUCACCUGCGAGUUCGCCAGUGAGCAGUUCUGCCGCGCCCACUGCUUCUCACACUCCACCGACCCCGAGGGCAACGAUACAGCCUCCGAAAGCACUAACGGCAGACGCGAGUCCCCAACAAUUUCGCGAAUGGAAGCGCGAAUGGUCCGAUUAUGCUGUCAUGGUGGAUCUUGUCAGCCUGCCAUUAUCAAAGCAGCAUAUACAGCUACGCAUGUGCCUUACAGCUGAGAUGCGACGGGUGCUGGAGCACAAGUUGGACGUGCCCGCAGACCCAACAUGCUCAGUGGACGAUGUCUUGGCAAAGCUCGAAACGCACAUAAAAAAUGCAAGUAAUGAGGCACUGCGACGGAAGGCCUUCUCUGAGUGCAAGCAAGCAGACGGCGAGAGUUUCGAUGACUUUUGGAUACGCCUGAAAAUCUUGUCACAGGAGAUAGACCUUUGCAAGGCUCAGGACCAAGCAUGCUGUGAGCAGUGGAAGAAACACGGCAUACUAAUGGGUAUACGAGAUGAGGAACUUACCCAGAAGCUCAUUGAGAUGGACCGCUCAGCGACGUUGCAGGAUGUUUUGGAGAAAUGCAGGUCUCAUGAAUCAUCAAAGACUGCAUCAUCUGCUUUGAAGGACACAGUUUCUUCACGUGCUGUUUCUCAAUACAAAAGAGAGAAAAAGGCCGCCCUGAAGCAGAAGUCCAAGAUGAGGCCUGGCUCACCUCUGCCUAAUAAGGCCUGCAACUGCUGUGGUCGUCAACAUGAAAAAGGUUUGUGCAGGGCCACCACUUCCACAUGUCGUGCUUGUGGCAAGAAAGGCCAUUGGGCUACUGCUUCUAAGUGUCCCGCCAGGAAUGCCAGAUGCAGGUUGUGCAACAGGCAGGGACACUAUGACAAAUGCUGCCCAAAGACAAGGAAGGCUAAUAAGACAAAAGAAGAGGACCCCAACCAGAACUUAAAGGUACAUCUUAGUAGUCUCGGCCUCUCAAAGAAAGAUUUGGCACCGCCGGCAGAGACCAUAUACUACAAUGCGGAUGGGUCACAGAUGCCACCAGCGGCUGGAUCUUUUCGUGGAAUUAUCACCUAUGGCAACCGUUCGACUACAUGUUGGAUUGAUGUUCAGCCUUCGCUUACAACCCCGCUGCUCUCUUGGACCGAGUGCAAGGAUUUGGGGAUUGUUCCGGACUAUUUCCCAAGGCAGAUGUCAGAUAUGCGCAUUGCCAAUCGAGUCCAUGGGCUGGGCAGUGCACCAAUGUCGAACCCUCCUAAGUUGCUGCCCUUACCACUGAACCAGCUGACGUCGCCUGAAGAAGCAAGGAAGUAUUUCCUGCAUCAGUAUGCAGAUGUUUUGGUGAAGAAGGACGACCUGCAUUCUGGGCCACUCAAGACGAUGGUAGGCCCACCCAUGAGAAUUCAUCUACGGGAGAAUGCCACGCCCUUCGCAAUCCACACCCCAAGAAUGAUUCCUUUAGCUUUUCAGGAACCAACAAGAAAGGAGCUUGAGUCAUUAGUGACCCAAGGCAUCUUAAAGCCAGUGGAGGAUGAACCAUCAGAAUGGUGUCAUCCAAUGGUCGUUGUUCCAAAAGCAAAUGGUGGUGUACGUAUUACUACUGACCUAUCAAAGCUGAACAGACAAGUCUCUCGCCCUGCCCACCCUUCUCCGACGCCAUUUACAGCCAUUAGAAGUAUCAGUCCGCAGUCAAAGUUCUUCACAACUGUGGAUGCUCUUUGUGGUUAUUGGCAACUACCCUUGCAUGAGGACGAUCAACACCUGACGACAUUUAUCACUCCUUAUGGACGUUUCAGGUAUUGUCGUGGCCCCAUGGGUUUUGCAGCAACAGGAGACGCCUUUUGUCUCCGAGGUGACAAAGCACUACAGGGAGUAACAAACUGCAUCAAGGUUGUGGACGACAUUCUCCUACAUGAUGAGGACUACCUCUCACACCUUCAACGUGUAAACGAAGUCCUGUCAAGGUGUCGUCACCACGGUAUAACCCUUAAUGCAGAAAAGUUCAUUGUGGCUGCAUCUGAGACCAGUUUCUGUGGGUACAAGCUAUCAAAUAAUGGUAUUGAAGCAGACCCAGAGAAGGUAAAAGCCAUUGCAGAGUUUCCUACCCCUGCAAACCUGACAGAUCUUCGAUCAUUUAUGGGCUUGGUAAAUCAACUGGCAGAGUUUACGCCUAAGAUUUCGACUGCUGCAGCCCCACUCCGCCCAUUGAUGAGUCCGAAGAGAGCUUUUACUUGGACCGCAGACCACACCAAGGCUUUUAUUGAUACUAAACAGGCUUUAUCAAGGCCCCCCAUACUUGCGACGUUUGAUCCCGCCCUUCCCACCAUUCUGCAGACCGACGCCUCCAGACUCUACGGCCUUGGCUAUGUGUUGUUGCAGGACCACGGUGCUGGAAGAUACAAGAUGGUGCAAUGUGGUUCCCGUUUCUUGACAGAUACAGAAACACGGUAUGCGACCAUCGAAUUGGAAAUGCAAGCUGUCGUCUGGGCCAUCAGUAAGUGCAAGUUCUAUCUUCGUGGACUUCAGCACUUCAGUGUGAUGACAGAUCACCGUCCAUUGGUUCCGAUUUUGAACCAUUAUUCCCUGGAUGCAAUUGAAAACCCUCGUCUCCAGCGCAUGAAAGAAAAGGUUGCACCCUACAUUUAUACUGCAAUGUGGCGUGCAGGUAAGGAGUUGUGCAUCCCUGAUGCCCUUUCCCGGUCACCUGUGAGUCGCCCAACGAUGGAUGAUGGCGCCUUCGAUGCUGAAAUGGACACCUCUGUCAAGAUUGUAGCUCUGCAUGCUGUUCAGUCUACUAAAGCAUCAGAAGCCAUAGACGAGCAAGAGGAUCUCUUCUUGGAAGAAUUGCGGACAGCUGCCUCUAAGGAUGCUUCUUAUGAGGAGCUGCUUCACCAUGUAAAGUCAGGGUUCCCCAAAGACCGCUACAACCUGCCAAGUGCCUUGCGACCGUACUGGAAGAUUCGCAGUGAAUUGUACAACGAUGGUGACUUGGUGCUGUAUGGACCUCGAACAGUCUUUUGGCCAGGCAUUAAUGCUGACAUUGUAAACACUGUCCGUGCCUGUGAGCCAUGCCAGCGCCUACAGCCUAGUCAGCAACAGGAGCCACUGAUUUUGGAUGACAAACCCACAAGACCAUUUAUGUCUGUGUCGGCAGACUUUUUCAGUGUUGCUGGAAAACACUUCUUGGUGUAUGCUGACAGACUAUCCGGAUGGCCAGUCGUCAUCCCAUGUGGAACUAGUGCAACAAGUGCUACGACCAUCAGAUUCUUCCGGCAUUUGUUCCGCGAUCUUGGUGUGCCAGUUCGCCUGCGCACUGACGGCGGACCCCAGUUCUCCAGCCGGGAAUUUGCAACUUUCCUUCAGCGAUGGGGAGUACGUCAUGCUAUGUCAAGCCCCCAUUACCCACAGUCCAAUGGGCAUGCAGAAGCUGCUGUGAAGAAGGUCAAGUAUCUGAUCAUGAAGACAGCACCCAAUGGAAAUAUUGACAGCGAGGAGUUCGACAGAGGAUUACUGGAGUUACGUAACACCCCAAACUUCACUGGUCGAUCUCCUGCUCAGAUUCUCUUUGGUAUGCCCCUUCGCUCCUGUGUGCCUGCCCACUCUAGUGCCUUCAUGAAGGAGUGGCAGACCAAGGCUGAGGACUGCGACCGUCGUGCCGCAGUACGGGCCAAGGACGUGAAGACCCGCUAUGACAAGCGUGCCCACUCACUUUCCAAGUUAGAGAUCGGGGCGCAAGUGCGAGUCCAGGAUCCCACAUCCAAGCGUUGGGAUAAGGUCGGCACUGUCAUGGGUAUUGGCAAAUCUCGUGAUUAUCACAUCAGGCUCCCAAGUGGCCGUAUACUGUGGCGCAAUCGACGCUUCUUGCGCCCUACACAACUCGUGAUUGGAAUCUCAGCAGAUCUGGAAGAACAGCAGUCAGACGACGCACCAGGAUCUUCCGCCCCGUCUGUGCCUGUUGAACCUCGACGUUCGGAACGUAUCAAGUUGAAGUCCGUUCAAGACUCCCGCUAA